AUGUGCAAGGUGUUCCAUAUGGUAAUCAUCAGUUUUAUUUACAGUAAAAUCAUUAAUAAUGAUACUUUAUAUUUUUUUAAUAAUAUUUUUGAACAAAAUUUAAACAAGAACGGAAAUAGAAAUGAAAUAUAUGCAUACAGAAUGCUACAAUAUAAAAAUAGUACAGGAAAAUGGGGAGGCGGACCACAGAAAGCAAGUUUAUCAUCGAACCUGAUUGUAUAUCAAGACGAGCUGUACCAUUCAACAAUAUAUGAAGGAAAAACUGCAAUUGUUACCCAAGAUCUAGCAUCAGUGGACACCAUUCAGAAACUAAUAUUUAAAAAUGUAGAGGCGGUCAUAGUAGUGUUACAUAGUAUCCCAUCAGCAGGUUUACCAUUAAAUAAAGAAAAAGAAAAUAAUAUAUUAUCUCAAGAGGGGUUCGAAUCUUUUUACCAUGAUUCUUUACCCCUCACUAUUCCAAUUUACUUUGUCAAGGGUGAAGAGUUUAGCAGAUUAAUAAAGAGUGUCGGUAAUGUACCACCCGAGCAUCAGGAUGACUACAAGUUAAUUGUAUCUUCAGGCUUACCUGAGCUAAUUGUAAACCCAUUCGCCUAUAACUUUCAAGGUAUUUUAAGAGGAGAUCCAGAUCAUCUUAGAUCCGACCAAUACUUUUUACCAACCAUUGUAGUAUUGGCAAGCUAUGACUCGUUCCACAUGAUUCCUGCACUUAGCGGUGAAUUUGCAAAUAAUGGCAAUGCUUUUGUAGUCUUUGAACUAGCUAGAAUUUUCUCAAAGCUCUAUUCAGACAAAAGUACACGUGGUCUUUACAAUAUUGUAUUUGGUUUAACAAGUGCUUCGAAUUUAAAUGAAUAUGGUGUCAAAAGAUGGAUCGAACAACAACCAAGUUUAAUUUCAGAGUCUAUAGAGCUUGCCAUCUGUAUUGACUCAAUUGGUAUGGGCAAUAGAAAUAGUAAGGAAGACGGUGAUAUCAAUGAGAACAUACUAUAUUUACAAUUGUCAAGGUCACCAAAACAUAUAGCAAGUCUAAUAGAUCUAUUUAAAGGUGCUGGUCUUAGCCAAGGCUUGGGAAAUGGUGAAACCCAAAUCACUCCAGUUCAUCGUAAAAUCAAUUUAUCAGAUAAAAAAAAUUAUUGGAAACACGAAGUAUUCGCUAAAAAGAAACUACUCUCCCUAACAGUAACCCAAAGACCAUCACCACCUCAAUUAGCAAAAGAGAGUACAAUACUAUACAACAUGGAUAAUGAGGGAUCAACAUCAACCCUACAUUUGAAAACUUUAAAAAAGAAUACUAGAAUCAUAGCAUCAGCACUCAUUGCUUAUAUCUAUAACAACUCCAAGAUUGUAGACCACUCUGACUUUUUAAAAGGAUCUUUAGAUGUAAAUAUUAAUUCGUUCGAAUCAUGGAGCCAGGUUUUUGCUAACACAAAUAUAAUGUUUCCAUUCAUCCAUGAAAAAAAGAUACCAGUCAGCUUUUCAAAAAUGUUUUCGAAAAUGAGUGAAAAACAGCCAGAAGCCUAUCACUCGCACAUAGACGACCAUUUAAAUAAUAAUAGAAUCAACAUAAUUAACGGCAUUUACUCCAUUUUUGAAAACUAUUUACAAGAGCUUAAAAUUGAUAAAUUUACAACCGACAACUCUAUUCAAUUCUAUCAGCCAACUCAAGAAGUUUUACAAUUUUAUAGGGUAUCAUCAUUCACCUUUGAUUUUAUUCAUCUACACUUUACAGUAUUAUACCUUUUUAUUUUAUAUUUAGUAAUUAAAGGUAAACAAUCAUUAAUAGAUAUCAAAAAUUUAUUUAAAUCGAAUAAAUCUACAUCUAAAAAAACCAAUUAAUAGUAAUAAUAAUAUAAUUUUAAAUAAAAUAUAAAGUUUUAAUUAUUUUUUUAUUU